GGUCUGGAGAUGAGUUAGCCAGACGCCUCUGUGGUGUGAGGAUUGAGUUUUUGCUUUCACUCUGUCACGCUGAUGAGUGCGCCCUCCCCCAGGCCAGGGGGUUCCCUGGUUUCUUAUUUCACCAGAGACUGCAUCUACCAGUGAUUAAGACUGGAAAGAUGAAGGGAGAGACUGAGACUCUUUCUAUAUAUCACCCACACAAAUAGAUCAUAAAGGCACAACGGGUACCAACCUGGUCAUUUAAUUUCUGGUUCCUGGAGGGGACAAAAAGGAAGUAUUGCUUUCCACAGCGGACGAUAAAUGAACUUUGCCACCGAUCUAUCUUAGGAUCCCAUGGCUUUCUUUACUGGGCUCUGGGGCCCCUUCACCUGUGUAAGCAGAGCGCUGAGCCAUCGCUGUUUCAGCACCACUGGGAGCCUGAGUGCAAUUCAGAAGAUGACGCGGGUACGAGUGGUGGACAACAGUGCCCUGGGGAACAGCCCAUACCAUCGGGCUCCUCGCUGCAUCCAUGUCUACAAGAAGAAUGGAGUGGGCAAGGUGGGCGACCAGAUACUACUGGCCAUCAAGGGACAGAAGAAAAAGGCGCUCAUUGUGGGGCAUUGCAUGCCUGGCCCCCAAAUGACCCCCAGAUUCGACUCCAACAACGUGGUCCUCAUUGAGGACAACGGGAACCCUGUGGGGACCCGAAUUAAGACACCCAUCCCCACCAGCCUGCGCAAGCGGGAAGGCGAGUAUUCCAAGGUGCUGGCCAUUGCUCAGAACUUUGUGUGAGUUGAGCCCAGGCCUCUGGUUGCAGGACUCGUGAAUGGAGCGGUUCUGAGAACCACACUUUUGCUGAGGGAGCUUGGGAGCCACAUGGCUGCUCCCUUCACACUGGGUAACAGUGUAGUGUCCUGUGAGAGAAUAAAUGUAUUCAUUUA